AUGGAAUGCAAUAGAGAAGAGGCUGUAAGGGCCAAAAAUUUAGCAGAAGAAAAGAUGAAGUCUGGUGAUUUUGUUGGAGCUCAUAAAUUUCUUACAAAGGCUCAAAGGCUCUUCCCCAAUCUCGAAAACAUGCAGCAGUUGAUAGCAAUAUGUGAUGUGCAUUCUUCUGCAGAUGAGAAAAUCAUGGGGCUUGACAACUGGUACGGUAUCCUUCAGGUUAAACCUUUUGCAGAUGCGGACACAAUCAAGAAACAGUACAAAAGGCUCGCGCUGCUUCUCCAUCCGGACAAGAACAAGUUUGCUGGUGCAGAGGCUGCUUUCAAGUUGGUUGGGGAAGCAAAAAGGUUGCUCUCUGAUAUCAUAAAACGUUCUCAGUAUGAUGUCAGAUACAGAUCCCAUUCAAUGCUUGCUAGCAGGCAGUCAAAUGGAAACUCUGGUCGUCACUGUGCAGCUGCAAAAAAUGUUGUGGAGAAUGUCGCUGGUCUUUUCUCGUUUUGGUCAUGUUGCAAGAACUGUGGCGGUAGGUCUAAGUACUUGGUACGUUAUAUGAACACAGUUAUGCACUGUCCCUUUUGCCAGAAAGGUUACAUGGUCUGCAGCAUCGAUAGCGAUGGGGUGCCACCUAGUAGCUCAACCACUUGUAAAAAAGAAUUUCAAUAUCAAGGGAUGUAUAAUAUGUUUCGGCAGAAUGCUUCUACAGGAGCAGAAUCAGGAAGUUCAGCAGCUGAGAUGGAUAAGAAUGGGACAGUCAAAGGAAAACUCAACAAGAAGGAUCAAGAAAAUCAGAAAAAAUGUGUUGGUGACAGGAAACCCAAGAAAGAAGAGGGUUGUACAGAGAGCGAUGCUGAAGGAGGAAAACCCCACAAGGAAGAGACAGGUACGAAUAAUUCUGCUGAAGUACCUAAAGCUGAUAUAUUGAAGCCGCGCCUUGAAGUAAAAGAACCAGAGACUAGUGCAGCAAAUUCGAUUCCUGAUUUAUCAGCUCCAAAGAAGAAUCUGGCUGCCAAAAAGAGGAGAAAAGCUGGUGAAAAAUCCUCUAAGAGUUUUGAGGUUGAUGGCUCCGAUGUGGCUGGGGAUAAAACAGAUACAAAUGAAUAUAAUAAGAGGAAGUCGUCGAGGAAAAAGCCGCAGGUUUCUUACACAGAGGGAGGAGACGAUAAUGAUUUUCUAAGCCCUCNAACAAAAAAGACAAAAAUAGGCUGUGAAUUUGAGUCUGAUUCUAGCACAAAGCAAAUGGCUGAGGAUAGUAAGUCACCUGAACUUGCUGAUUCUGGUGCGUCUCUUGCUUCUUCAAAUGCGUCUAAAGGAAAAGCCAAGAAAAAUGCAAAUUCUGGAAACGAAGACAAAUUGUCAGCCAAAAACAAAGAGAGUGAAGGCUGUGAUGCUAAUGAAGAAGAUGCAGAUUUGUUGAGCAAGAUUGACAAAGUUGAAAAUGGAUACAAAGCUAAUGGAAAUCCUAAUACGCUGGAUAAACCUGAUUCAGAGUUUAAUGUGUUUGAAGAUGAACGGAAAACAGGAAAAUUUGCUGUCAAUCAAGUGUGGUCUACCUGUGAUUCUAGAGAUGGUAUGCCACGGAGAUAUGCUCGGGUAAAGAAAGUGCUGACUGGCGAGUUCAAACUGCGGAUUACUUACCUUGAGCCUGUACGGGAUAAGAAUGAUAAAACUAUUACAGUUGCUUGGGGAAAGUUCAAAAAUGGGGAAACAAAGGAAGUUAAAGACCACUCAAGCUUUUCUGGUCAGAUGCUUUACUUGUCACGCAACAAGGCUGUUUUCAUAUAUCCAAAGAAAGGAGAAAUUUGGGCUAUGUUCAGAGAUUGGAAUGAGGAAUGGAACGCUACUCUAGAAAAACAUAAAUUACCAUAUAAGUAUGACUUUGUGGAAGUUGUGAGUGAUUUUGACGAUGACAAUGGUGUUGGAGUGGCCUAUUUGGGAAAAAUUAAAGGGUUUGUUUCCCUAUUUCACCGGCAGGCGCUGCAUGGAGUUUGUCAGCUUCAGCUUACUCCAAAAGAGAUGCGUAAAUUUUCCCACAAAGUUCCAGCAGUCAAAAUGACUGGAAAGGAGAAAGAAUGUGUCCCAGCUAGCUCAUAUGAACUGGACCCUGCUGCAUUGCCAAAAGAUAUAUUUCAGGAUGAUGCGGUUGAUAUGGAGAUGGAUAGUGAGACCCUGAGAGGUAAAGCUGAUGGCUCUGAAGCUUCCAAGGUCAAAGAGAAGGCUGAGCCUGUUCAAGAGAUCCCUCCAUCUCCAAGGAAGCGUCGAAAAUCUGAUGAUGACAGCGUAUGCAGUAAUCAUGACAAGGUCUGUACAAGAGCUGUGUCGCUUGGGAAAGUCAAAGAUGGAUCCAGCAGAACCAAUGAUUUUUCUUCUUGUCAAGGUAAUGAAAAGAACACACCAAACAAGUCCAGAAAGGUUGGUGAGGCGUCAGAUUCCUUCAAACUGCGAAAAUCUCCUCGUCUUCAAUCAACUCCAAGCCAACAAAUAGAUGAGAAGAAAAGUGCUAAACGAGGCGAUAAGAUGAUUACCCCAAAGAAAACUACUGAUAACGGUCUUGUGACAGAUUCUGUGAGAGUCAGAAAGUCACCCAACGGCAUACAGCAACAGGCAGCGAGUGAUGUAGGAGAAAGCUUGAAGAAACAAGGACGCAAUGGUGAAUUACUGUCUCUGUCCAAGCAGAAUGAUUUGCCAACUCAGUUGAAUGGUUCUACUAAUGAGUCCCCUGAGACAACUCUUGUGUCACCAAGUUGCAAGACACCGCGAAGAAACGCCUUUGACUUUAAGAGCCUGAAAUCUGAAGACAAAUUCAAAGUUAAGCAGAUAUGGGCUGUUUAUAGCAAUGUCAAGGGGAUGCCAACUGAGUAUGUGAAGAUCAAGAAAAUCGAAACCAAGCCUGAAUUCGUUCUACACGUAACCCAUAUGGAGCUGUAUCCACCAUCUACAGAACCCGUAACUCGCCCUGUGUCCUGUGGGGAUUUCAAGUUGAAAACCGGAAAACCCAAAAUCCUUCGUCGAGGCAGCUUCUCACAUCAGGUUGAUCCGGUUGACAUUAAGAAGAACAUAGUCAAAGUAUACCCAAGGAAAGGUGAGAUAUGGACUCUUUAUAAGAAGUGUGAUAGCACCGAAGGAGAGCAUGACAUUGUAGAAGUGGUGGAGGAUUACUGUGACAACAGGGAGAUCGCAAAGGCGGUGGCUUUGACUGCUAAAAGCAAUUCACUAUACAUAAUUCAGAGGGGACAAGGGUCAAAUGCGGUGUUUAUAGACAUUCCAAAGGUGGAAAUGAGUAGUAGAUUUUCUCAUCGGAUUCCGGCUAAGAGGCACGAGAAGAGGACAACAAGGCUAGGUGAAGGAGUAUACUGGGAGCUUGAUCCGAUAGCAAUUCCAGGUCGCACUAUAGUCUUAGACUGA